CAUUUAUUCUUAGUUGUUGCAACUUUCAAGGUAUGAUAUGUCCACCUCUAUUGUGUGUUGCAGUGACUAUGGAUUUUUUUAAGGUUGUUCUUGAAGUCGUGAAGUUUUUGUGGGAUCCUCUUGCUCGACAGAUAAGUUAUGUGAAGAAUCUGAAUAAAAAUGUGGAGGAUUUGAGAAAGAAGAUGGAUGAAUUAAUUAGUAAAGAAAAUGAUGUGACUAAUGAAAUUGAGAGAGCUACGUUGCAAAGGAGGGUUCCCUUGGAAGAAGUGAACAACUGGUUGAAAGAUGUCGAAAAUGUUAAAAAGGAAGUGACGGCCAUUGAGAAAGAAUUUGCUGAAUGUGAGAGAUGCUGCAAUGGAUGUGUGCCCAAUUGUUACACAGGUGGAAAAUUAAGCAAAAGAGCUUUGGAAAAAGCUUCUAAAGUGCACGAGCUCAAGCAAAAAAGUUUAUUUCAGGGUGGAGUUGCAGUCGAUCAGCUACCGGCAACAGUACAUACCCUACCCACAACAUCUCUAGAAGGUAAAACAUCAGCCCAAAAAACUUUAGAGCAGAUUUUGGAUUGUAUAAUGGAUGCAAAAAUAGGAAUGAUUGGCAUAUAUGGAAUGGGAGGGGUCGGGAAGACGACCAUCGUGAUGAACAUUAACAAUCGUCUCAAGGAUGCCAAGCUUUUUCAUAGUAUUAUCUGGGUGACUGUGUCUCAAGAUCUUAAUUUGAAUAGGCUACAAGCAGAUAUUUCCAAGAAAGUUGAAUUGGACUUGCAAGAGGGUGAUGAUGAAAUGAGCAGAGCAACAACAUUAUAUGAAGCGUUAAUGAAGAGGCAGAAGUUUUUGCUCAUCCUAGAUGAUAUGUGGAAUGAUUUUUCACUAGAAAAAGUUGGAAUUCCUAAACCUGGUAAAGAAAAUGGUUGCAAGAUAGUAUUGACAAGUCGGUCAUUGGAUGUUUGUCGUCGAAUGAAGACGGAUAAAAACAUUAAAGUAGAAGUACUUUCUGAAGAACAAGCAUGGGUUUUAUUCAAAGAACAUAUUGGUAACAACGUGGUGCUAGCAUUAGAAGCACAAGCUCUCGCGAAGCUUGUGGCUAAAGAAUGUGGAGGUCUACCACUGGCACUCAUCGCGGUUGGUGGGGCUCUUAGAGAUGUUGAUGAUAUUCAUGAAUGGAGGAAUGCAUUGAAGCAAUUGAAAGGAUCAGCGAUUGAAAUCGAAGGUAUGGAGGAUGAUGUCUUUAGGCGUCUAAAGUUCAGUUAUGACCGCUUGAGCAAUGACAAGAGUCGUGGUUGUUUCUUGUACUGCUCAUUGUAUUCAGAAGAUUAUGAUAUCCCUGUAGAAGAAGUGAUUAAAUAUUGGAUUUGUGAGAGAUUAAUAGAUGAAGAAAGAAAUAUUGAAGUUGAGUUUGACAACGGGCAUUCCAUGGUGAACAGACUCGUACGUGCUUGCAUGCUAGAAACUUUCAUCAAUGAUGAUUCGGUUAAGUGUAUAAAGAUGCACGACUUACUUAGGGAUAUGGCAAUCGGAAUAACCAAGCAAAAACCUUGCUUCAUAGUCAAGGCUGGGAAUAGAAUGGAAGAGCCUCUGAAAGAUGAGGAAUGGUUAGAAGAUGUUGAGAGGGUUUCAUUGAUGAGGAACAGAAUCCACAGCCUCUUAGCAACCCCGAACUGUCGUAAACUCACUACUUUGUUUUUGCAAGGUAAUCCUCUUCAAGGUGAUAUCUCUCCAUUUUUGUUUCAGCAUAUGUGUGGCCUCAGAGUUCUUGAUCUCUCCUAUUCUGACAUCGAGUGCCUGCCCGACUCGCUUUCUGAUUUGGUGAACCUCCGUGCGCUGGUACUAAGAAGAUGCCGCAAUUUAUCCAUAGUUCCUUCACUAGCAAAACUAAAAGAGCUGAGGUUGUUGGACCUCUCUUCCACAUACAUCAAGGUACUUCCGCACGGAAUGGAAGGAUUAACAAACCUAAGAUUCCUUGACUUAUCAGAUAUGUACAGUUUGGAACGCAUUGAGACAGGAGUAAUAUCUAAGCUUCUCCGUCUUGAACAGUUUAUGGCAGUGGGCAACAAAUUUAUUCAAGCAUUAAUGCCCCGAGAAAAAAAUGUAUUAGAUGAGAUGGCAAGUCUAACUCGGUUGGUUCAUCUUAGACUCUCCUUUCCUAACCGGGUCACUUUCUCACACUAUCUUCAAUUUGGGCACUGGCGAACGUUGAAGAAAUUCACUUUGAUUGUAGGAGUUGUGAGCCUGUCGAUUAGUAAUAAUAGGUGGUCUUCUUACCAUAAAGUAGAUGAAAUCGACUUUUUUUAUGAGUCAAAGCAUAUGGUAGUGCUCAGAAAGCUGUCAGUUGGCACUAAAAGAAGUCCUCUCUUUCUGCCUGCCAACACAGUUGAGUUGGCCAUUAACAAAUGCACAAAUUUCUCCCGACUCUCGCUUCUCUCUUUACCGAAUGUAGGGGGAUUGAAAUACUGCAUUAUUGUUGAGUGCAGCUGCGUGAAGUCCGUUUUGUCAGCCAAAGAUAAUGUCUAUUUCCUCACCACUGUAGAGCACUUAAGCCUUGGAGACCUACCAAAUCUGCGAACUGUUUGUUCGGGAGUUGCGACACCUGGCACUUUUCAAAGCUUAAAGACCAUAAUGAUCGCUGAAUGCCACAGGCUGAAGAGUCUCUUUUCGGCUGGGUGGUUGAAGAACCUUUGGAACCUUGAAAAAAUUUGCAUCGAAGAAUGCAAUGGGAUGGAAGAGUUGGUAGCCGAGGAGAAAGAAGAAGAGAUAACUGCAAUAGCAUACGGCAGCAAUAAUGACAUUCCCAUCACAUUGCCUAUGUUAAAGAAUCUCUAUAUUUCAGAUGUAAAUAAAUUAAAGAAGAUUUGCAGCAAGGUAAUUAUGUGCACUUCUAUGGUCUCCAUUAUAAUAAAAGGUUGUCCUAAGCUGCAGAAGAUCCCUUUCUCCAUCGGCACUUCAUCUGUGACUUUUAAAGGAGAGAUUAGGGGAACAGGAAAGUGGUGGGAUAAAUUGCAAUGGGACGAUCCUUCCACUAAACCUCUCCUACUCCCCCUUUUCAAAGAAGUGAAAGGAAACGAUGAUGCUGAUGACAACGACAAGGACAAUAACAACAACAAUGAUGAUGAUGAAGAUGACACUGACAUCGAUGAUAAUGAUGUAGAAGAAAGAGAAGAAGAAGGAGAAGGAGACGACCACGACCACGACCACGAUGAUGAUGAUGAAGAAUCUGAAAAAGAAGAAUCUGAUGAUGAUGAUAAUGAAUCUGAAAAAGAAGAAUCCGAUGAUGAUGAUGAAGCUGAGAAAAAAGAAUCAACCAUUUCAACAAAAUAGAAGAUGGCAAAAUAAGAAGGUUAUGCGAGAUGGAGUGAUGAUUUCGAGUGGAAGAGUCUAGCAAUCAGAUGGCUUGGAUCAUUCAAUGGCGUGUGCUUUUUUUCGUACCAGGGACAUACAUGACACAGAUGGAAGAGUCCACCUGUAGGAUGAAAUGCUCAGGUCAAUUCGAUCUUAUUUAUCCAAUUAGGGUUUUAUUAAUGUUAUCAGAUGAGGCCAAAUCUGCUGUUUGUGAUGAACCAUGAAUUUUCCUGAUGUGCACUUAGUUUGUGUACGUGAGGCCAUGGCUGUUUUAUCCAAGCCAUUGAUCUGAUCGCACCUAUAAUGGAUCGAUCGAUGAAGUAUUUGCAAUUGGUCAGCUCUAACCUUUCCAUUGUUGGCAUGCAAUGUAUGGUUGAGAAGAAAUCCACCCCAAGAUCAAAAAGUCAAUGGUUAGGAUCUUCCCCUUUUGGAGAUUUGUUUUCUGCACACGUCCACAGAUCAAUGGCUUGGAUUAAAAAAACCGUGGGCCACCCAUUACAAACUAGGUGGAUGAUAAGAACCAUGUUAGUCACAACGAGGAAACCCGAUCGAGCUCUUAUGUAUAGAUACACAUAUACAUUUGUACAUAUACAUAUACACAUGCAUACAUAUAUACAUAUGUAUAUAUGUUCAUAUAUUUCAUUGAACAGUUUCAAUUGAUCCAUUCUUGCACCUAUAUAUACACGCGCGCUGGAUGAAAAUGAAGAGAUGGAUGGGAAGGUCCAAAACACUUGGGUACCUUAAAGUACCUACAACCUAAUGUGCUUAAAAUCUAUGUUGUUUAUUAGGUAAACAUACCUUGGUUGUUAUGAUUUGAAAAAUUAGGCUGAUUUAACUGUUUGUUUACCUUGGUUGUCAUGAUUUGAAAAAUCAGGCUGAUUUAACUGUCAAAUGGGCCACUUUGUAAACUCACACCUAAAACGUCUAAAUUUAUGUGGUAUAUAUAACCCAGAUCUUUAAGUACUGUAACUCUUGCAUAAUUCUUUUAUCAUGACAAGGGACACCAAAUGAAUGGAUUGGAUGACACACUAACACUAAGCUAGGCGCAAAAGUAAUGGUGAGAGCUCCUUUUUAAAUGUUCCUUAUGAUGUGGACCACCUAAGUUUUGGAUUAUCACGAUUUUUGGUUUUAAUAGUUAGAAUGCGCCGGUGACCUGAUGGACAGCAUGGAUCUCAUGAAAGUUCCCCCACGUGGCACUUAGCUAUAUAUGAGUUACCAGCUAUUAUUGAGAGAAGUCACUUUUGGUUAGAGAGAAGUUGAGGCUCAUCAAGGUUUUUAGCUUUUUUCAGAAAAUACAAACACUCCAGUGGCAUUUGCAGGUACACCGAUGGAUCCUCAUGUGGUACCAUUUAAAGUUAACUAUCCAUGUUGUGGACCUAAAGUUAUGGUUUUGAUUUGUUAGAGUUGUUUGGGGUAACCUUCUAGAUUAAGGCCUUUCCUUUUUUAUUUUAUUAAGAUGUGUAUCUCUUAAGAUUUCUACAAAUGUCUGCCAGAACCUAGCAUCUCUCUAUAUAUUCUCGCAGUUGUUAAUGGAAUAAACAUGUAUUACGGUUUCUAC